GCGUGAGAAAUAUAAAUGUUGUCCUUAAAAAUUAUGAGAAAAAUGCAUUUUUUAUAAAAAAAAAAAACAAUUUCAUAAAUGAUUUUCGCGAGCAGUAGUAGAAAUAUGAUAAUAGACUGAAUCAUACAACAUAACCUCACUAAUUUUUGCAGGAAAAACAAAAUUUUCUGUAUUUUUCUCAAAGAAUGAGAUACCUAAAUGUGAGUAGAAAAAGCUUUUUCUCAUAAAAAGUUUAUAGUAAUAUAAGUGUUUAGAUGUAUACAAUCUUGAUUCAAAUUUAUCAUAUAAACUGUUUGAAAGUAGGUAAUUAUUGAAUUUUCCUUCAAUAAAAUUAAUUUUAUUCAAUGAGAACUGUCUUAAAUUGUAUCUUAUAAUUUGAUAAUAACAAGUGUCUUAUGUGAUUAUGUUUCAUUUGCUAAUUAAUUGUUUCGAUACUUUUAUUAUUAAAAUUAAUAGUUUUCUCAAACAAUAAUAGAACGCUACCGGGUUUUUCAAUUUGAAAUUCAGACUGGAACUACCUUUAAAUCUACAGGAUUAAAACAAUUGUAUUUAUUUACUUAAUGAUGUUUUUAUAACUUGAGGAUGAUAAAAUCUUAGAUUAUUGCAAAAACAUUCAUUAUCUUUUAGAUGACAAUAUACUUUGCAAACAUAGUAAAUAUUAUAAAAAGUAAUUUUCAAGUAAUUACAAUGAUUAUUAAAAUUUUUUCAAUAAUGUCAUAUUUUAAAUUGGAGAUAUUUUGCAAUCAUGAAGUAGCACUAGAUGAGUUAAAUAAAAUAAUUUUAUUAAGUUAGAAGUAGUUUAUGGAACAAGAUUAUACUCCCAUAAAAUAAUAACUAAUUUUUGAAAACUUGUUAUUAGUAUAAUUAAAAAUAUAUUAAUGAUAAAAGGCAUACUUGAAUGUUUUUAUGUGGAAUAGUUAAAACAAAUAACUGUCUAGGUCACCUUGUAUUAUCAAAAGAUAACCACUUUAUCAUAGAUAUGAUUUGAUUUCAGUAGUCGUGUCCUGUAAACACAUAUACUUAAUAGUGGCAUUGCAUUGGCACAACAUGACUUUUUUCACUUAUAUAUUAUCCCAUAAAUUAUUAUCAGUUUUUAUUGUAGCUACUGUGUCUUUGGGAAUAACAACAACCAUAUUUGGUGUUGAUAAUACUAAUUUAAGAAAAAAAGUACAAAAUUUAGAGAAAGAAAAAAUUUCUGGGCAGACCAAUAUGAAUAAAUAUAGAUUACCUGACAGUGUCAAACCUCUAUUGUAUGAUCUUUAUCUUUACCCUGAUUUAAAAACGGGACUUUUUAGAGGUAAAGUUAAUAUAACUAUUGAUAUUUUAUCAGAAACAGACACAAUAAGUGUCCAUAGCAAUUUCUUAUCCAUUGAUAGUGUUAAACUGUCAUCAGAAAGUGCUAUAUUUACAUUAGAAAAAACAUUUGAAUUGCUAAAUAUUAAGAAAAGUGAUAAUUCCAUUUUUAAAAGCGGCAUAGAAAAUGUUGAAAUUGAAUUUAAUGGUGACAUGAAAAAUAGAAUCGUCGGUCUGUAUACGAGUUCUUACAAAACAUCCACCGGUGAAAAUAGGCAGAUAGCAACUAGUAAAUUUGAACCAACUUAUGCUAGGCAAGCUUUCCCCUGUUUCGACGAACCAAAUUUGAAAGCUAAAUAUAAAGUUCACCUUUUGAAACCAAAGAAUAAUUCCUAUAUAGCACUUUCGAAUUAUCCCGUAGCCAGUACCGAAGAUUAUGAUGAAGAACACGAAUUGGUUACUUUCGAUGAAACGGUAUCGAUGUCGACGUACCUUUCUUGUUUCAUCGUUUCCGAUUUCGAUCAUACCAAAACGACUUUCGACAAUAACGGCACGAUGAUACCCCUCAAAGUUUAUGCUAGUCCGGAUAAUUUAUAUAAAACUACGUACGCCGCGGAAAUUGGAAAGAAAGUUAUCGAACAUUAUGUCAACUAUUUCGACAUCCCUUAUCCACUUCCAAAAUUAGAUUUAGUUGCCAUUCCCGAUUUUGUAUCGGGUGCUAUGGAACAUUGGGGUCUUGUUACUUUUAGAGAAACGGCUCUCCUCUAUACGAAUACGACACAUUCCACGGCUAAUAAACAGAGAGUGGCUACGGUGAUAGCUCACGAAUUAGCUCACAGUUGGUUUGGGAAUCUCGUAACUAUGAAUUGGUGGAAUGAUUUAUGGUUAAAUGAAGGAUUCGCUUCCUAUAUUGAAUAUAAAGGAGCUUUAGCCGCCGAACCGACUUGGGGAAUGAUGGAACAAUUUAUCAUCUCUGAAAUGCAUUCGGUUUUAUCUUUGGAUGCAACCCUCAGUUCCCAUCCGAUCGUACAAACGGUAUUAACACCCGAUCAAAUUACGGCAAUAUUCGACUCAAUUUCUUAUAAUAAAGGAGCUUCGAUUUUGAGAAUGUUGGAAGCAACCGUAGGAGAAAAAAUCUUCCAACGAGGAGUGAAGAACUAUUUGAAUAGACAUGCCUACGGUAAUGCCGUUACCAAAGAUCUAAUAGAGGAAUUACAAAUUUUAUACGGCAAUAAACUCGACGUGGCCGAAAUGUUGGAAACUUUUACUGUUCAAAUGGGAUAUCCGAUUUUGAAUGUUACCGUUUCCGGAGAUAUAUAUACGUUAACUCAAAAGAGGUUCUUGAUCGAUCCUAAUGCAACUUAUAAUUUAAACGAAACGAAAUAUAGAUACAAAUGGUCAGUUCCAGUUACUUAUGUGACCGAUAUGGGUAAAUCGACCGAACCCAUUUUAUUCAAAUAUAACGAUGAUUACAUUACGAUAAAGAAACCGACGGGAGCUACUUGGAUCAAAUUUAAUUACGAUCAGAUCGGAUAUUAUCGCGUGAAUUAUCCUCUAUCGGAAUGGGAUAACAUAAUAAAGAAUUACGAUUCGCUUAGUAAGGGAGAUAAAACGCAUCUAUUGGAAGAAACUUUUAAAAUAGCCGAAGCCGGUUUAUUAAGUUAUAAGGUUCCAUUGGAAUUGAGUAAAAAAUUGAAAAACGAACGAGAUUAUACGCCUUGGAGUGCCGGAUCCAAUAAUUUGCUAUCGAUUUUAAAUCGACUCGGAAGUACAAAAUCCGAACAAGAAUCGUCAUUUAAGGAUUAUCUGAUUAAUAUUGUAACCCCCGCUUAUAAAGAAUUCACCUGGACUGAAAAUGAAAAUGAUAGUCAUCUUAACAAAUUAACUAGAACUGUAGUUAUAAGCUUAGCUUGUAAAGCGGGUUAUAAAGAUUGUUUGGAACAAGCCGAAAAAAAAUUUGAUACCUGGAUGAAAGAUAGGCAAUUUAUAUCACCGGAUUUGAAGAGUUUCGUCUAUAUCUAUGGAUCGACAAAAGCUUCAGUAGAAACAUGGAACGCCUUGUUGCAAAUUUAUCAAGACGAAAAUGAUGCAUCGGAAAAAUUAAAAAUAAUGGCUGGUUUAUGCAAUGUCGAAAACGUAGAUUUAUUAAAAAAAUUACUGGAAGUUACCAAAAACGAAAGCAUCGUCAGGAGUCAAGAUUAUUUUGAUGUAUUACAAACAAUGUCUUCCAAUCCAAUAGGAACUGAUCUUGUAUGGGAUUUUGUAAGGUCAAAUUGGCAAUAUUUAGCUGAUAGAUUCACGCUGAAUAAUAGAUAUUUGGGUAGUAUGAUCCCUACGAUAACAUCAAGUUUUUCUACGGAGGAAAAAUUAAAAGAGAUGGAAGAAUUCUUUGAGAAAUAUCCAAAUGCUGGUGCAGGUGAAGCUAAUAGGAAAACGGCAUUGGAAAACGUGAAAAAUAAUAUAAGGUGGGCGGCUAAUUACAAAGAAAUCAUAGAAGAUUGGAUAAUAAAUAACAAAACUAUAUAAAUAAUUUUGUAAUUCGCUUCGGUAAAUGAAAUUGUGUGUUUGACGUUAUUGAAUAAAUUUUAUAAUUUGUGAAGUUGACUUUUGUAU